AUAGAGUGACGUUUUACUGGUUUGUGAUUGUUUGAAAAAUUGCUGGGAAAAUAUCUCUAACAUUGGAUUAGAUUACCACAUCUUAAGAAAUUAAACAACAACGAGAAGGUGUUGUUUGGCUACUUGUAUAUCAUUAUUUCCCCAAAAUGGGUCCAACAAAAAUGACUCCGGAGGACCAACAAUUCAACAUUUCAUUCGUAGCGGAGGUAAAGAAGCAUCCAUGUCUCUUCGAUAGCAAUAGUACGGAAUACAAACAAGCCCAGGUUCAGGACAAAUCCUGGCAAGCUGUGUCGGCAAAUGUUAAUGAAAGUGUUGAUAUGUGCAAAAAACGAUGGAGAAAUCUUCGGUGCUGCAUGACCCGAUAUUUGAAAUCUGUCCGCGAUAACGCUGAUAGUGGAUCCAGUGUUCGGAGGAAGCCGUAUUAUUUGUACAACCAUAUGCAGUUUGUUGUUCCGUAUUUGAAAAUGAAAGAUGGUGAGGGAUCGACGUAUGAGUCGGAGGAUUCAGUUUGGGUGAAGGGUAAUAAUACCGCUGAAGUUUUGAAAGAGGACGACGAGGAGGAAGAAGAAGACCAGGACCAGGACAUAGAAACAAUUGAUGUACAAGAGGAAGACCAUCAACAGAUAAAGCAAAGCAUUAUUCAGUCGAUCAAGAUUUUACCAAUGAGCCAAGAAGAACAGAACCAGGAAACGACUACCACCUAUGAAAUCAUUGAAGCAACCCCAUCCAAGCAACCGCGUAUCGAAUCUGUUCACAGUUUGUCAGCAGUAACACCCGUUUCGACUACACAGCAAGCGGUUAAGCAUAAGGAUCCAUUGAAUCUUAAACAUUUUACCUACACUGUUGCCGCCCCGCAGGCGAGCACUGCUACCCUGUACACGUCCACCCCCAUCGUAACCGGACAGCAUCAGCUGCAAGCAGCCACCUCCAGCUCGAAUGUGCAACGAAAACAGGCGGCACAGCAGAUGCAUGCACAGAGUUUGGCUAACGCCGCGGCCGAUGCAGACAACAAUUUCUUCAAAAGUCUCAUUCCUGAUAUACAGUCAAUGAACAUGGAUCAGAAGCGGAAGCUGAAGAUCGGUAUCCUGCGUUUGAUCGACGAAAUUUUGAGUACAACGUAGAAGCAUUGACUUCUGUUGGUUUAUAUUUUUUACGACUUAAUUUGUAGCUUUAAAUUUAAUUACGUUUAUACGUAUGAGAUAAGGAAUGCGACGUAUCUGCAGUUAGGUAAAAUGAGUUAUUGGCGUCUCUAGACACUUCUACCAUCACUGUAUGAAUCUGCCAGUAGUCACUAAUCAAAACGAUUUAAAUAAUUAAGAGAUUGGCGCAUCUAUUGCUAUCCCAAAAUAUGGCGUAUAGCAAAGAAUGCUGCUGCAGUUUACGCUGAUUUUUUUUCAAAUUCAUUUGCUAUAUUUAGACAACUGAUGAUUUGCGGAAUAAUUGAAUCAUCCGAAAGCGUAUUCGAUAGUGUUUAUGUAACGUACAAAUAAGAUGUUGUUUUCGCAGGUUUUAUUUUCGAAAAUAUCAAAAUUUAUUAUCGUACAAUAUAUGUAUCUGUCAUUUUAAU